AUGUCGAAGCACAGAAAGGACAAAUCCAUUUGGCCUUCGUUCCAGAAGCUCAGGGAGAGUACGUCUGAGAGAGCACUUCGGCAGUCAGCUCAAGCGCAGGCGAGGAAGCGAAGCGAGAACAUCGAUCGAGCCAUCGAAGAAGAACGCUUGAAGUUGACGGCGGAGCCGAAGACAAAGAUCUUGUUAUUGGGGCCCUCCGAGUCAGGAAAGUCAACGAUGCUGAAGAACUUUCAAAUGGCCUUCUCUCCGACCACUUUCCGAGCCCAAGUCGACUCGUGGCUUCCCAUCAUUUAUCUCAACGUCGUUCGUAUGUUGAACUCGAUCAUAGAUUCCCUCGAAUCCUGGGAUUGUGGUACGGACUCCCUCCUCUACGUCGGGGACGCUCCCGCGACAUCUACGAGCACCUCGUCGGCACACAUUCCUACCGACCUUCAGGAGAUCAUUUCGCGCCUGAGACAGUUACGCAUCAUAGAAACUGAGCUAGAUAUGGACAUCUAUCAUUCCCAGCCAUCUACCGCUUUUUCGUCUCCUGCUGUUACUCGCCCAUCAAGUCCUACCUUUGCUUCCACUUCUAGGGUCGCCGUUGACCCCUCGUCCAUAUCAAUACGUCCGGGGGUCCUUAAACAGAGAUUGAUAGAUCAUCAUAACGCUGACGCCACAUCACCGUCUCUCGCGUUCCACGACCGUACUAAGCAGUUUCUGGAAGAGCAUGCCCUAGAUAUGGUAGCCCUAUGGACUCAUGAAUGGACCCGUGAGCAGCUGGAGGCCCGCGAGGUUCAUCCAGAAUAUCAAUCUGGAUUCUUCCUCGACGACAUAUCACGAAUUUGUUCACCUGGCUUCCGGCCUACAGCAGAGGACAUUCUACGAGCCAGGGUUAGCACGCCAUCGGCAGAAGAAUACCGCUUGGCAUUGGAAGCACGGCCGGAUUCGGAGUGGAUUAUCUACGAUGUUGGCGGGGGACGUAGUCAGCGAGCCGCAUGGGCGCAAUACUUCGAAGACGUUACGGCAGUACUCUAUGUUGCGUCGCUCUCAGCUUUUGAUGAGACAUUGGCAGAGGACGUAAAUGUCAACCGUCUGACGGACAGCCUUCUUCUGUGGCAGACUCUUUGUUCCAAUAAGCUGCUGUCAGCCGUUGACUUUGUCCUGCUUCUCAAUAAGAUGGAUCUCUUGGAAUCGAAACUAAUAGGAAACAACGAGAAAGGGAGGUCUGGUAUCAGAUUCGUCAAACAUGUAAACAGCUUCAAAUCCCGCCCAAACGACUUGGCCACCGUUGCAAAAUACAUGCAAGAAAUGUUUCUGUCAUUACAUCGACAACAUUCUCCCCCUUCUCGAAAAGUUUACAGCCAUCUGGCUUGUGCAAUAGAUGCCCCCCGUACUUUGCCGGUACUUGAAGCUAGUAUGGUGCACCUUUCCUUCCUACAUCUGCUUUAA